CGUCGGUGACUCGUUUAGACUCGGACGAUUCGAUACGACGAGUUGAAUAGUGCUGGGGAGAAUUUGUUGAAGAGAUUUGGUGGUGUAUAAAAGCUAGAAGAAGAAGUGUUCUGAGUAUUGAGUGGGGAAGAAGGAUUAGAGAGAGAUUGCGAGAGUGUGAGGGGGACAUGGGGGAUUCGAGUGACUCAAUGUCGGUGGAUAUGGAGUCGAUUUCUUCUGGUGGAAAGGAGUAUCUUGUGAAAACUUGUUCUGGUGCUGUUUCUGUCACUGUGAUUGGAGACCAGGACAAACCAGCUCUAAUCACUUAUCCUGAUUUAGCUCUAAAUCAUAUGUUCUGCUUCCAAGGAUUAAUGUUUUGUCCAGAAACGUGUUCGUUAUUGCUUCACAACUUUUGCAUAUAUCAUAUCAGCCCUCCUGGACAUGAGUUAGGAGCUGCUGCGAUUUGCCCCGAUGAUCCUGUACUUUCUGCAGAUGACUUGGCAGAUCAAAUUGCUGAAGUUCUUAACUAUUUUGAGCUGAGUGCUGUAAUGUGUAUGGGGGUUACUGCUGGAGCAUACAUCCUUACUCUCUUUGCUAUGAAGCACAUUCAUCGUGUUCAUGGUUUGAUAUUGAUCUCUCCCAUAUGCACAGCACCCUGUUGGACAGAAUGGUUGUGUAACAAGGUGAUGUCAAAUUUGGUUUAUUUUUAUGGCAUGUGUGGGGUAGUGAAGGAGUUUUUGCUAAAGCGGUAUUUCAGUAAGGAGGCUCGUGGUUGUUCUCAAGUACCAGAGUCUGAUUUAGUUAAAGCAUGCAGAAGAUCGCUUGAUGAGAGGCAAAGUUCAAAUGUCUGGAGGUUUCUUGAAGCGAUGAAUGGGAGACCUGACAUUUCAGAAGGGUUGCGAAAACUUAAGUGCCGUUCAUUGAUAUUUGUUGGGGACAGGUCUCCGUUUCAUUCAGAGGCUCUUUACAUGACUGUAAAACUAGACAGAAGAAGCAGUGCCCUUGUCGAAGUUCAGUCAUGCGGGUCAAUGGUGACGGAGGAGCAGCCCGAUGCAAUGUUGAUACCUAUGGAGUAUUUUCUCAUGGGAUAUGGCAUGUAUAGGCCAUCUCACGUCAGUGUUAGCCCAAGGAGCCCCUUGAGCCCUUCUUUCAUUGCUCCAGAGCUUCUGUCUCCAGAAAGUAUGGGCUUGAAGUUGAAACCAAUAAAAACAAGAAUCUCCUUGGAAGUCUGAAGGACAGACAAUGAAAAGAGUCAGAAGAAAAAGAAAAAUAAAGAUCGCCUUUUGUGUUUGUAUGUACUUGAAGAGUUGGACAGUGUUUUGCUUUUUCUUUGGCAAUCCAUCAGUUCAUGAAUGAGGGGUGUGGUGUGUAGAUAAAGAAGAAAUAGGAUAAUUUAUAGCGAAAACUUCUAGGCAGAAAGCAGAAUGUCAUUCUUUAAUUUGUAAAUUCUAGAAUAAUUUAUUUCUAAGGAACUAAUAAAGUGUUUUUAGAUUCAUAA